AUGCACGAGAGGGGCCCCAGGCUGAGGAGAAAAUCUUGCAACCAUUGCCAGAGGUCUAAGCUCCGUUGCUCAGGAACAAGACCUCAAUGUUCAACCUGUGUCCGAAGAGGUGCAGCCUGCGAAUAUCCUAGCCGUCUCAUGAGCCCAACGCCGGGUGAUCCCAGCCCAGACUCGGAUGAUCAUCCCCAGGCCGAUUGCUUUACUCCUCCCGCUGACUUCUCAGAGGGCGCGGCAUCUUUAGAUGGACAACAGGAGGCAGCACAGGGUCCUUCGCCAUCAUCAGAGUUGUUUACAAGCGCUAGCUCACUACUCCCAUCAGCAUUCACUAGCCUGAACUGCGAGGGGGGUUCUAACUUCUCUGCCCCAACCGGCCUGGAGCAGAACGGGGAUGAUCUCUUUUUUAACUUCGGUGGACUCAGCCCUGACUGGAUCUUCUCAUUAUUUGACCCUUGUUCACACCUCGACACCUUCAGCAUGCCAACCGAUUAUCAAAUGCUUGAUGAGCCCGUCCUUCAUCUCGCGGGUCAGAAUUCGUUUCCCAACGCCCAAGAACCGUCAGUCAGGUACAGCGCUAGGCAGGGACCUCAUCUCGACAAUUGGCUCUUGAGUACCGCUGAGACCAACUGCAACCAAUCGUUGGUCAUUCCACAGCUUGGUGGCGAUAGCGACAGAUCCCUGAAACACGGCUCGCACUUUCAAAUGACCAAGGUUGAGGAAUCGCAGAGAUCUCAACUACUGAGCUCCGCCCAGACGAUCCUGGAAAGGCCGUUGUGGAAAGCUGUUUCGCUGGCUAAUUUUCCGAGCAAGGCAAAGAUAGAUCACUGCAUUGAUCUUUUCUUUGUCAACUUUCGACCUCCCAUCAGCUUCAUUCACCGACCUACCCUUAACCCAACCACUAUAUCAGAGGUACUUCUGCUCUCGAUUGUUGCCAUUGGAGCUAGGUUCAGCAGCAUGCCGGGUGCGAUAGUAUUCGCCAAUUCGAUUGCUGAACUGAACCGUCGUAUACUCCUGCUCAUGAACGAACAAGAUUCAAGCCACCGGUACUCGGAGGACUAUCUCACCGCUCAGCUUCUUCAAACGACGCAUGGCCGUGGCAGUGGACAUAGGAUAUUAUUCCGCCAUAGCAGAGAUUUGCGGUUGUUGCUUGUUCGGCAUGCUAGGGAAGCAGGUCUCUUCCAAGAGCCGAAGCCCCGUCAAAAUGCACCCGACGAGUCCUCUGCCACCACGGAAAGCCGGUGGAAGGCCUGGGUUGCGGCGGAACGCCAGAGAAGGUUGGGCUGGGCCAUAUAUGAUCUCGACGCAACUGUUGGUAUCUUGCACAACGAUAGACCGGCUUUCAGUAUCGGCGAUAUGGCACUCUCUCUACCUGAUGAAGAUGCUUGUUGGGAAGCCCCUACCGCUCACUCAUGGAUGGCACUUCGUCCAUGGCAGCCAUCCCAUGAAAACAGAAUCGAGUUCCGUAAGGCUGCUCGAGAAUGCUUUUACCCCAGCCUGACUGACAGGAUUCAACUGUCUGAUGACCAGCACUUGCAUGUCAUCACUGUCACACUUUGCCGAUUUUUGUGGUCCAUGAAAGAACUCCAGGGGUCUCCAUUGAUGGAUGCUGUUCCAGAAGACUGGCCCCUCGUGAAUCAUAAGCGGACCCUCCUCAAGAAGCUGGAUCAGUUUCUUACCUGUCCAGAGGCUGCCAAAGCCAACAAAGACGACGCUAUCCUACGGCGGAUCGUUGAAAGGUUACUAAUAAUCCAUCUGUGUCACCUGUACGGUGCUGGAGACCUUAUGGAUUGGCUACUGCCGUUACUUCGCGCUGGAGGCCAACACAAAGAAGCACGGGCAAGAAUGAGUAAAUGGGGUGUUGAGGACAGAGGGAGAUUGCGCCAAGUGGCUUAUCACAGCGCUCAAAUCUUGGCUCUGAGUCGAUCUUUCCCUUUCAACCUCCCUUGCGAGUCACUCUAUGCAUUUUACGCCGGGGGCGCACUUUGGUGUGCCACAGUUCUGCUAGGAGACCUAGAACCUGGUACUGAUACCGAAGCAUGCAACGACGGGGACGAGAGCCACCAAGUCACUGUUCUACAACUCGAUGCAUUCCAUUUAUUGGAUGGUGAAGACUAUCGUAAAGUACAUCACUGGCUGUGUGAAGGCGGUCGAGCGAGAGUCGGUCUGUUUGGUGUACCGCGCUUGGGAAGCAAGGAGAGCCAUGUGCAAGUUCUUAAAGAAGCACUACGGAUUUUGCAGAAUAUGAGAAUAUGGGAGCUUUCAAAAGGGUUUUCUGACUUUAUACGAAAGCUCAUAACAGCUGAGUCCAGCAUUCAAUAA